AUGAUAUACUUUAAUAACAGAAAGCUUUUUUUAUUUAUUACUUUUUGGAUAUUAUACCUAAAAAAUAAGACAUAUUUUGGAAGAUGGGAAUUUAAAAAUAUAUACAAAUUAAUGUAUACAGAAUGUAUACAUAGAAGAAUACUAUUAGAAUUUGAUUCAGAAAAUUCCAAUGUUAAUGGUAAAAUGAAAUUCAAUUAUUCAAGUCAUGAAAUAAAAGAAAAUGAAGAAAAUGCUGAUAGGGAAAAUAUUUAUCAAAUAAUCAACGAAACAAUGGAAAAAUUUGACACAUGGAAAUAUGCAUCUAGUGAAAGAAACGCAAACAAUGAAUAUGUUGAUUUGAAAAAAAAUAAAACUAUUUCAAAAUUAUAUGAUAAAUUUUCCAUUCUUGAAAUAAAGAAUAAGAUAUUCAAAAAAAUUAUGAACUAUUUAAAUAAAAAAUACAAACAAAUUUAUUAUAAACAAAAAAUAAAAGAAAUAUUCCAUAAGGUGAUGAAAGAUAAAAAGAAAAAAAUAUAUUCCCUUCCUAAAGGAUUACGAUAUGCAGCAAUAGGUAUUGUAAUGAUAAUUUCGUUUAUACUUAUUCUUAAAGUACUCUAUCUUUCUAAAUCUGCUUUUGGAGUUACAACUAUUCCCUUAUCCAUAGCUACUUUAUUGUAUGGUAAAUGUGUUGUUACAACAAUAAAUAAUCCGGCAGUUUUUAUCUUCAUUACCGUUACUAUAAUUAUUUUAUUUAUUCUACUAAUGUUUUUAUUAUAUAAAAUUUUUAUUCAAAAUAAAUAUGAAGACGACUUAUAUGAUGAAGAACUCGAAUAA